GGCUACUGUAGACAGAAAUUAGCUAGUUGCUAACUAUGAUGCUGCGCACAUUUUCUGACAUUUGUCUAAAUUGUCACUGAUAAAACUGUAAACUAAACCAACUGUAGGCCCCAAAACACUUCUUCUAGAGUUGACUCUGACCCUGAAAAGUUUAACGGCUGUUGUCUCCUUCCAGGCUUGUGGCUGCCUUGCUAAAACUAGCUUCCUGUUAGCCUCCCACCUCCCUCCACUGGUUUAUAAGUGUCUGCUUAGCUGGCACUGCUGGUCAGUAACGAGGGCUGCGUAGAACAGUAAAAACUCAUCAUGGUUCAGGAGUUCAAGUCCGGCACGUUUUGGCGGGCUGUGCUUGCCGAGUUUGUUGGAAUGACCCUCUUCAUCUUUAUAGGCCUGGCGUCCGCUGUAGGCAACAAGAACAACGAUAACCCGGACCAGGAGGUGAAAGUGGCCUUGGCCUUUGGUUUGGCCAUCGCCACGCUAGCUCAGAGUUUGGGUCACAUCAGCGGAGCGCACCUGAACCCGGCCGUGACCCUGGGCAUGGUGGUCAGCUGCCAGAUCAGCGCGCUGAAGGCUGCUCUCUACAUCGUAGCGCAGAUGCUAGGCGCAAUCCUGGCCAGUGGUAUCAUGUCCAAGCUGACCCCAGGAGAAACAACACUCGGAGUCAACAGUCUGGCUGAUGAUCUGACUCCAGUGCAGGGUUUAGGAAUUGAGUUUCUGGCAACCUUCCAGUUGGUGCUGUGUGUCCUCGCCACAACAGACAAGCGCCGAACCGACGUGACUGGAUCUGCACCCCUCGCUAUUGGACUGUCCGUGGGUUUGGGGCACCUGGCUGCGAUCAGUUACACGGGCUGUGGUAUUAACCCUGCACGCUCAUUUGGACCUGCUGCCAUCACAGAGUAUUUUGACAACCAUUGGGUGUACUGGGUGGGACCCAUGCUGGCGGGUGUGGUUGCUGCUCUGCUGUAUGACUUUGCAUUGCAGCCCCAUAGUGAGCCCUACAACAAGCGUGCCAGAGCCCUGAAAGGCUACACAGAAGUGGAGACGACUGAUUCCGGCCAGGGGACGUCCCAGUGGCCCAGACAGUAACGCCGCACCAGACCCCGAUAAUGUAAACCCAACAUUAAAACGUUAGUUUGAUCUUUCAUAACCAAACUUACACAGUUUCCCCCACCCCAAAUGCUGAUUGGCUGAGACGUGUUUGAUGGAGCUAUGAGGAUAAGUUAUGUAAUGGAAGCUUGUGAACUAAUCGAGUUGUUGAGUUGAAUUUGAUUCCAAAGCAAUUUAAUGAAGCGUUUCUAUACAAUAAAUAUUACUUAGAUAAACACUGUUUUUGAGUAGUAGUAAUUGAUAUUACUGUUUUUUUAAUUGGUGGGGUAUAAGCUUCCGUUACUUGUUAGCCACAUUAGCCUCGUAGCUCAACCACUAAAGGUAAAGAACCAAAUUUUAGACACCAAACAUGUUGGACUGCAUUUUUGGCUGAAACAUUUCCUUUAUACGGCAGCUUGUAUGUUGUAUAUGUGAAUGUUUGAUUUAGGUUCAUUCUGCAUGUGUAGUAUGUAUCUUUGAAAAUGUAUGUAUAUCUUACCUUUCAUGUAAGCUUCAUUAAAUAUGAAAUUCAUU